AUGGAGGAGAUCAAGACGAUAUCAUUUGCCGAAGACGAAAUGAAGCACAUUCCUCAACAGCUGGAGGAGUUUUCUUUCCCAGCGAUCCUCGAACUCAACGUCGGUGGGAGCAAUUUCACAACAUCGUUGUCGACAAUGCGGAAAUAUAAGAGCAUGUUUUCCUCCAUGUUUAGUGGGAAAUUCGAAGUCGUAAAAGACGCAAAUGGGCGAUAUUUUAUCGACCGAGAUCCAGAAGUUUUUUGCCAUAUUCUCGACUUCAUGCGCUCCGAUGCUUUACCUCCCAGAUGCCAUUUCCUGAAAGUGUAUAAUGAAGCCCUCUACCUCUCAUUCGACUACCUCAUUGAAAAAUUGUCAGUUACGCAGCCAGUAGCUGGAAAACUAGUCCGUGAUUGUUUUCUGCGAGGAUCUUUGAAAUACAGCCAAAAGUUUGACGAGCUCAUCCGACUUGCAAAAGAAAUGGCCCUUGCACAGGGUGGUGCCAGGAAGUCAAAGAUGAAAAUUGCGGUUUUCAAAGACAAAGCCGAAAACAUGACUGAACAUAGAUCCACUGCCUUAUGGAAGACCUCAGAAGCCUUGGCUACACCAAUACAGAAGCACAUUGCGUUGGAAUCUGUGAUGAACCACUUCUUGAGAAAGAUUUCGGUUACUGUCGCAGAAGCCUCUAUACAAUAA